AUUCUUUUCUUGUUCAUCAGUCAGUCUUGGAGUUUACCAAGAAGCUAAGCUGAGCUGCAAGAAGAAGUUUGUGCGCCAACAAUGGCGGACGAGGAGGUUGUUGUUUUGGGGUUCUGGCCAAGCACGUAUGGGACGAGGGCAACGAUAGCUCUGGACGAGAAGGGUGUCAAGUAUGAGUACAGAGAGGAGGACUUGAGUAACAAGAGCUCACUGCUUCUGCAGAUGAACCCGGUUCACAAGAAGAUCCCGGUUCUCAUCCACAACGGUAAACCGGUCUGUGAGUCCCUCAUCAUUGUGCAGUAUGUUGAUGAGAUUUGGAGGGAUAAAGCUCCUCUGCUUCCCUCUGAUCCUUACCAGAGAGCUCGUGUCAGAUUCUGGGCUGAUUUCAUUGAUAAGAAGGUAUUUGAUGCUGGGAAGAAAUUAUGGAGCACAAAAGGAGAAGAACAUGAAUCAGCCAAGAAGGAAUUCAUCGAAAUCCUUACGCAGUUGGAAGGAGAGAUUGGAGACAAGACAAGCCUUAUUUUGGGGGUGACAGGUUUGGGUUCCUAGACAUUGCUCUCAUCACAUUCUACAGCUGGUUUUAUGCAUUUGAGACCUUUGGAAACUUCAGAUUAGAG